CAGACAGUGACAGUUGAUCCUCGACGGUCAGCUACAACGGCUGUAACGUUAAUCACAACAGAAGACUUCAUUUCUCUUUUCUUUGAUUUAAAGGGAGGAAAUUGGUUCAAAUAAUGACGUAUUGUAAUUUAAAAAUGUACUGAACGACGUGUUAGUGGUAUUUGUUUUUAAUUGUCCUGUCGACUGUUUACCUUUCAAGCAUGGAUGCUGAGGGACCCCGGGCCCUAUGUGACCUCUGCUUGGCUCAGGUGUGCCGCAGCCUUGAUGCUCUGUGUAGCAGGCGAGCAGACGGCUCCAUGUGCCUCAGCUGGGCCCCACUGUUCCCACAGGAAAUGGUUGACCAGUUACUGCAUAAGAUGGCAACUAAAGGGAUACUGAAUGACACAACUGUUGGGAUUUUCCGAAACUGCAAAGAGCUCCGGCUGCGCCGAGCCUCCAUCCGCUGCUGUCCAGUUUCUGCAGAAGCUUUUCGCCUGGCCCUGUGCCCUCACCGGCUCCAGGAACUAGAUGCUUCCUGGGUGUCUGGGGGCCUCACCGGGGCUAACAUCAUCUCAGGCCUGGCCUCCAACCCGGAAUGCCGAUCCAGCCUGCAGAGAUUGUCUCUCAGUGGGCUACGUCUGGACUGGGAGUCUCUGGAGGAGGAUGGAGGGAGCCGUGUUGGCUUUAGCUUCCUGCAAGGCUUGAGGACGCUGAACCUUGCCAACACAGACCUGACUGAUGCUGUCCUUGAGGAUAUCUGCACUCUCCCUCAGCUGGAGAGUCUGGAUAUCUCCUGUAGUCCCGUCUCAAACCUUACUGCACUCCUUGAUUGUAAGAACACCUUGAGAUCUUUGAUUGCCCACCGGCUGCGGCAGCUGGAUAUGUCGCCUGCAAGGUUGCUGUUUGUCUUCAACCAGCUUCACGCUCUCAGGCAUCUAGACUUUUCAGAUGACCAUAUUACUGUGGACAGUGAUGGGAGAGAUGGCGACGAGACAGUGCGUCAGCUUCUGGAGGGGAGUCCCCAGGUCCUCCCUUCCCUUGUUUCUCUAGACAUCUCUGGACGGAAGAGAGUCACUGAAGCAGCAGUCAGAGCAUUUGUGGAGGCUAGGGGUGGACUGGUCUUCUUGGGCCUGCUAGCCACUGGGGCUAGCUCGUGUCAUGUCCUGUCUUCACAUAAAAACCUUAAAGUAACUGGAGAAGCUAAUGAGAACCAGGUGUGUGAGGCCCUGCGAAGGUACAGAGACCGUGAGUGUUUCAUACGAGAGGCCCUCGUUCAUCUCUACAAUCUAGUCACUGACAUUGACAAUCCACGACCAGAUAUGCUAAAGCUGGUGCUGAGUGGGAUGCAGAGCCACCCCUCCUCGCUGCACGUCCACCUGGUGGCCACAGCGUGUGUGUUCAACCUGACCACUCAAGACCUGGCAGAGGCCAUGCCCGUCAGCCUGCUCAGCUCUACUGUCACCCAGCUGCUGAACGCCAUGAAGACCUUCCCCAACCACCAACAGGUGCAAAAGAACUGCCUGCUGGCGCUCUGCAGUGACUAUAUCCUUCAGGAUGUCCCCUUUGACAAGUAUUUAGCAGCCAUGCUGGUGAUUAACUGGCUGAGCAGCCACGAGGAUCCUACCCUUCAGAGGAUGGCUGUGGCUGUCAUCUCCAUUCUGGUGGCCAAGCUGUCCACAGAGGAGACUGCUCAGCUCAGCAAGGACGUCUUUAUCAUGAAGCAGCUGCUGGCUAUUGUGCAGCAGAAAGCCAUGGUGGGAGUGGUGGACUCCACUCUGAAGUUUGCCCUGAGUGCUCUGUGGAAUCUGACAGAUGAAAUGCCCACCGCUGCUCGCAAUUUCAUCGAGUGCCAGGGCCUGGAGCUGUACGAGGAGGUUCUGGAGUCAUACUAUGGUGAACCUUCCAUUCAGCAGAAACUUCUUGGCCUCCUGAACAAUAUAGCAGAAGUGGAGGUGUUACAGGCGGACCUGCUGGAGGAGGACCUGCUGGAGCACAUCCUCAGCCUGCUGCAAGACUCCCAGGUGGAGGUUGGGGUCCGUUACUUUGCAGGGGGGAUUCUGGCACAGCUUGCCUCUAGACCAGAGGCCUGGACCCUAGGCGACGAGCUACGCAGCACCAUACUGAAGCAGCUGCAUGCUUCCAUAAUAACGUGGCCCCAACUGGAGAGAGAAAUGGUCUCGUACAGGUCUUUCCAUCCAUUUUGCCCUCUGCUUCAGACUUGUCAGCCCUCAGGAGUGCAGCUGUGGGCAGUCUGGGCCAUACAUCUGGUCUGCAGUCAAAACAUUUCACAUUACAGCAGCAUGCUGGAGAAGGAGGGCGUGACUGAACUUCUGAAGAAUUUGGCUGCACAUCCCGACACACACAGCGACAUUAAAGGACUAUCAGACAGCAUCUUACAUAUGGUAGAGGAGCACCACAGCAGAGUCACUCAGGGCCCUUCAACAACCAGAUAGGACCUUGAAACUCUUGACAAAUAUGCAAAGUAAUGUUGUCUUUGCCUAAAAUGUACUAGACAUGAGGUGGCAGAUACAGUAUUCAAGGACAGACAUGUCAGCCCUCUUGGAAUUAAAGUGUAAUGGAAUACAUGAUGUCCUGUAUAUUUUAUAUAGAAAGUAUGAUCACAGUUAUUUUUGUCAUUAUCUACUUUGAUACUGUUGAUUUAGUUGGAAAUCCUUGAAACAAAAAAAAAACUGUUUACAGACUAGUGAAUGUCCUAUGUUAAUAAAUAUUUCGACUAUUCUAAGGUCAAAUUGCUGUAAAAUAUGAAAAUGUUUGACCUUAAUAAAGUGUUCCAAAUAAAUUGUAAGUUAAAGUAA